GUUUGACUUGGACUCACACGCUCACACGCAACUGCAAUAAUAGCGCACCACCUUCUCAAUCUUCGCCUUCAGCUUUUAAUCUACUUGCCCUCUCUCGCCCCUCUCUACUAACCGGCGCAGCUUCACCUCGGCGAUGGGCGUAGUACGCCGCCGCCGCCACUACCACCGCCACCACCGUCUGUUGACUGCUCUGGCUUUUCUUUUAUUCGCCUCUGCGUCGGCUGUAAGUCUUGCCCCACCUCGCCAUCGCGGUAAGAACCCAAAGACCCACCAAACCCACUUGACUCAGUCUCGCUUCUUCCCUCAUGGCUUUCCAGGGACUGGUGGUUUAGUGGGGCAGGAGAGAGAGGAGAGGAAAAGAGGAAGUGGGUCGGUGGCCUUUGAGCGAGUUCUGACUCAGAAGAGACUUGGAGGGCCAGGAUCGUCGCCGCCGACGUGUAGAUCCAAGUGCGGAAGGUGCGCGCCUUGCAAGGCGGUGCACGUGCCGAUUCAACCUGGUUUCAGCAUCCCUCUCGAGUACUACCCUGAAGCUUGGCGCUGCAAAUGCGGCAACAAGCUUUUCAUGCCCUGAAAAGAAACAAAGAAUUAACCACAUUCCCUAAAAACAACCCAUCAAUCUCUUUCUUCUUUAUAGUACUCUUCUCUUCAUCUACAUUGCUUCUCUCUCUCUCUGUUUAUAUUUAUUUUCUCCUUUUUUCCUGUGAGAGACAGACAACUUUGGGAAUGUAAUAUUUAGCUGCUGAGAAUAUCGAGAGAGUGCUCUCUCACACACACUCUCUCUUCGUUUCUGCAUUUUCCUUCCCUUUUUUUGUCUUUUUUUUUCUUUAUGACUUGCAUUUAUGCAAGUAUAUUAUGAGACAGAUUCGUAGUAAAGGCUGUAAUUAAUACCGCCUCUUCAGCAACAAUGAAGCUCUAAUGUUGAUAUCUCCUUCC